GUCAAUGUCAGAUUAGCUAAGAUUGCCAGUCAAUCAAUUUCUUCAAAAAAACUUGUCGAACUAACCCUCUAAUUUCUUAUUUUUUUAAUCAGUUUGUAUUUGAAGGUACAUUAAACAAUGGCUUCUGUAAUGGAUGUUGAUGAAGAGGAGGUAGAAAUGGCCUCCUCCAGUAGUGGAAAAGGUGAUAAAAAAAGAUUCGAAGUAAAAAAGUGGAAUGCUGUCGCACUCUGGGCUUGGGAUAUCGUCGUAGACAACUGUGCUAUUUGCAGAAAUCACAUAAUGGAUCUAUGUAUUGAAUGUCAAGCCAAUCAGGCAUCUGCAACCAGUGAGGAAUGUACAGUAGCCUGGGGAGUGUGUAAUCAUGCAUUCCACUUCCAUUGCAUUUCACGUUGGCUCAAAACUCGACAAGUGUGUCCCUUGGAUAACAGAGAAUGGGAAUUCCAGAAGUAUGUAUUAAUUUCUUAAUUUUAUUAUAAUUCAAAAUACAUUAUAAUUGUCUUUCCAAUUAUGAAAGGUAAUAAUUAUAUGUAUGCAUGGCCACACAUCACACUACACAUUACCACCAUAAGCAGAUUUCUGUUAGUAGGGAAGUUCUAUAUGAAGCAUGGUACAAAAUCCACUAGUUGU